AUGAUACGUAUUCCCAUCACUCUUCAAAAGGAGAAAGGAAUUGAUCAUGAGGGUCAUGACAUCAUGAAGUGUGGAUUUAAGAUUGGAGGAGGAAUUGAUCAAGAUUUUCGAAGAAGCCCUCAAGGAUAUACUGAUAAUGGAAUAUAUGUAACAGAGGUACAUGAGGGAAGUCCAGCAUCAAAAGCAGGUCUCCAGAUACACGACAAGAUUCUCCAGAUGGUCCUUAGGGUAGGGAUAAUCUUCCCUGUUGCUAUCACAGAUUCUCUUUCUGCCAACAUGAUCCUUGUCUUCACCACAUCCAAAGGGGUCGUCACUGCAGCUGCUAUUCCUCCUGCAUCAGAGUGCAUAGGAGCAGAACCCAGGGCAGCCGGUCCGAUGCCUCCGUAG